AGAUCCAGGCUCCUUUUGAGCAGCACCAGCUGGUGGAGAAAUGGAGAUGCAAUCCUAUUAUGCCAAGCUCUUGGGGGAGCUGAAUGAACAGCGGCAGAGGGACUUCUUCUGCGACUGCAGCAUUAUCGUGGAAGGGAGGAUCUUCAAGGCCCACAGGAACAUCUUGUUUGCCAACAGCGGCUACUUCCGCGCCCUGCUCAUUCACUACAUCCAGGAUAGCGGGCGGCACAGCACCGCCUCCCUGGACAUCGUCACCUCCGACGCCUUCUCCACCAUCUUAGACUUCCUUUAUUCUGGAAAGUUGGAUUUGUGUGGGGAGAACGUGAUUGAAGUUAUGUCGGCUGCCAGCUACCUGCAGAUGAACGACGUGGUGAACUUCUGCAAGACAUACAUCAGAUCCUCCCUCGACAUCUGCCGAAAGAUGGAGAAGGAGGCUGCAGUGGCGGCCGCGGUGGCCGCAGCAGCAGCAGCCGCGGCAGCGGCCGCAGCGGCCGCCGCAGCUCAUCAGGUGGACAGUGGAAGCCCCAAGAAAGGGACCGCCGGUGAGACCAAGAGCUUGGUCUCUCCAGCCGAGGGGGAGGAGAGUGUGGACCGACCAAGAGAGCCCCCCAGUGGUGAUCACAGAGGCUGCUGCCCUCUGGAACUGGUGGGGAAAGACAGCCAGGGCAGUGGCUGGGCUGACAGUGACCGCUCCACUCGGCCAGUACAGAUGGAGCCCAAGGUGGAGUUGGGUGCUGCGGAGGUGGAGAUGGAUGGACAGCUGCAGCCGCCUGCCACCCCACUGAGCCUGCCCCCCCGGGAGGAGGGUUUGCCCAGUAGCCAGGCUAUCGACUUGGCUUACAGUAACUACCAUGUUAAACAGUUCCUGGAGGCACUCCUGCGCAACAGUGCCGUCCAGAGCAAAGAGGAUGUGGACCAUCACUUUUCUCGGAGUUUGGAGGGAAGACCAGAUGGUGCGGGAGUGGCAGCCAUGAGUUCCAUGAUGGAUGUGCAGACUGACUGGUAUGGAGAGGACUCAGGUGAUGUGCUGGUGGUGCCCAUCAAGCUGCACAAGUGUCCUUUCUGCCCCUACACUGCCAAACAGAAGGGCAUCCUUAAGCGGCAUAUCCGCUCGCACACGGGGGAGCGGCCCUAUCCUUGUGAGACCUGUGGCAAGAGGUUCACUCGACAGGAGCAUCUGCGGAGUCACGCGCUCAGUGUUCAUAGAUCCAACCGUCCAAUCAUCUGCAAGGGCUGCAGAAGAACCUUCACGAGUCACCUGUCGCCGGGGCUGCGGCGCUUCGGGCUGUGUGACAGCUGCACCUGCAUUACAGACACGCACGACGAUGACGACGAACUGAUGCCCAUCAACCUCAGCCUGGUGGAGGCGUCGUUCGAGAGCCAAGAAAAGAGCGAAGCAGACAGUGACUGGCCGAUCUAUGUGGAGUCUGGGGAGGAAAACGACCCCGCCAGAGAGGAUUCUGACGACAGACCCCAAAUUCAGCCCAACUUAGCUGGUGGAGAGACGCUUACGUAGCAGUAACUUGGUGGAGGAGAGGGUUUAGAAUUUGUUCUUGCUGAUUCUGUGAGUGAAAGCCACCCUUUGUCCCAUGUCGUGGAACCCUGAGAGGAACAUUUUUUUCACUGCCCAUUAUUUGCAUUUCUGUUAGGCUGCACAGUGGAGGUUGGAUUCUGUGACUCAGAGGACUAACGACUUUUUAGUGGUGCCCCCGGUUUCCGAAGGCUUUCUGAGUGAAUCAAGGUUGGCCCUGAGGCUUGCUGUUUUUUCCAGAGAUAUGCAUCCAAACUCUGGUUUGGGGACAGAUAAGAAAACCUCUGUACUUGUUUUUGUAGUUUCUCAGUCUUCUGCAUUCCUGCGUCAUCAUCCUCUUUCUCUGAAAAGGUGGGCAAGGAUAUAUUAAAUUUCGAGAUCAGUCUUACCUCUGCCAAGCCUCUCCUGAUCAAUUCCGUACUUUAACUUUCUGGUAAAGUAUUAAGGAGAAAGCUUGCGUGAUUUAAGGUAGGCAGGGCUGUCUGGCUUUAAGAUUGUAAAAGGUACUUUCUAAAUCUAAGAUUGCAAUCUUAGAGGCUGAGGGUAUUUAUGUGCAGACAAGCAUGGAAAUGAGCUGAAAGGCUCCUUAUGGCACUGUGACUUGCCCCCAUCGAAUUACAUUUUAAGUUAGCCCCAGGAAGGGAGCCUGAGAGCCCAGGUCUGGGUGGUUUCCCUGUCUGGCUUGGUGUUUGACGAUUGUGCGCACACAAAUAACCUGUUUUACGAUCAUAAAGCAAGACAUUUGGGCAAAACUCAAAAUGCUCCUCUGUGUUUUCCAGCCAUUUCUGAGAGCCACCACUGUGUAACCUGGCAAUGUAGCCAUCACUGACAUUCUUUUACCUUAUGAAUAGAACUUUAAUUGGAGGGAAAGGGUAAGCCUACAUAAGCAAGUUAUAUUUCCAAAUUGUUUACCUUUAAAAGAUCAUCUGGAGGGAAAGGGAAGGUUAGUAGAAGAACAGUUUUUUAAAACCAGUCUGUUCUUUAUUCACUUUGCAGCCAUACAGUUAUUCUAACAAAAGAGACUGGAUUUCUUUAAAAGGCUAAAGAACAAGAAGUAUUAUGGAUUAAAGAUAUUUCAGGCACUUCCAUAAUUUUGUCUUACGUUUGAGUAUCCAAAAUGG